UUCUUUAUCGUGUGUUUCGAUUUAUAGACCCUUUGCCUUUUGCAUUUUACACACCAACAACGCGCUUCACUCUCGUAUUUUCUUCUUUCCCAAAGUUUCUCCCUUUUCGAUUCCAGAAGAUGAGUGAAGAGCAGCAGCGACCUGCGCCUCGUCUUAACGAGAGGAUCCUCUCUUCCUUGUCCCGACGAUCCGUUGCUGCUCAUCCUUGGCAUGAUCUUGAGAUUGGACCUGGAGCUCCCCAGAUUUUCAAUGUUGUCGUUGAGAUCACAAAGGGAAGCAAAGUCAAAUAUGAACUUGACAAAAAGACUGGACUCAUCAAGGUUGAUCGUAUUCUCUACUCAUCAGUUGUUUACCCACACAACUAUGGUUUCGUUCCUCGCACAUUGUGUGAAGACAAUGACCCUAUUGAUGUUUUAGUCAUCAUGCAGGAACCUGUGCUUCCUGGUUGUUUUCUACGUGCUCGUGCUAUUGGAUUAAUGCCUAUGAUUGACCAGGGUGAGAAAGAUGACAAGAUCAUAGCAGUCUGUGUUGAUGAUCCUGAGUACAAGCAUUACAUUGACAUCAAAGAACUUCCUCCUCACCGUCUCUCUGAGAUCCGUCGUUUCUUUGAAGACUACAAGAAGAACGAGAACAAGGAAGUUGCGGUUAAUGAUUUUCUGCCAUCUGAGAAUGCUAUUGACGCUAUCCAGUACUCUAUGGACCUCUAUGCUGAGUACAUUCUCCAUACCCUGAGACGUUGAAGCUUCUUCUCCUCAGAACAUCUCUUGCAACAUCUUGGUUUCUGUUUACCUUUUUAUCUUUAAUUGAUACUUCCUCUGCAUUUUCUUGUAAGAUUUUGGAUCUUUCAUUUGUCCUUGUCAACUCAUUCCGAUUGAAUCUGUUUCUUGGAAUGAUUAGAAUUAUUGUUCAAGUA